AGACAAGUGAACUGGAAUGCAGCCCUAAGACAAGUGAACUGGAAUGCAGCCCUAAGACAAGUGAACUGGAAUGCAGCCCUAAGACAAGUGAACUGGAAUGCAGCCCUAAGACAAGUGAACUGGAAUGCAGCCCUAAGACAAGUGAACUGGAAUGCAGCCCUAAGACAAGUGAACUGGAAUGCAGCCCUAAGACAAGUGAACUGGAAUGCAGCCCUAAGACAAGUGAACUGGAGCAAAGUUUCGUUGUUGUCUGUCUUCCAUGUCUGUAUCCAAGUCCACAGAGUCCCCAGGUUCUGACUGUGGUGUUCCAGCCCAGAGAAGUUCACAGCAGGGUCCAGAGAUGGUCUCAGUGAAGCUGGAGGACUGCAGUCAAACACUGGAACUCAAUGUGAUUGUCAAAGAGGAAUGGGAGGAGAGAGGAAUCAAGGAGGAGAGAGAAGUCAAAGAGGAGGUGGAGAACAGGGAAGUGUCUGCUCCAGACCAAGAGGAGGAGGAGGAGGCAGCAGUAGAUAGUAUCACUGACCCAGGAGAGAGCUACAACCCAGGUUCAGACAGUGAGCCCAGUUCCACAGCAUCAGGAAACCAUAAACAACACAGACUGAGGAACUCAAGACAGAAACAUCACCACUGCAUGGACUGCUUCACUAGUUUCUGUGAUCCAGAGGAGUUGAGAAGGCACACUUGUAGGCCCCACCCCUGCUCAGACUGCAGAGACAGUUUUAUUUGUCCAACUCACCUCGUACAACACAAACAGACUCUCAAAACAAAGAAGCCUUACAUGUGUGGUCAAUGUGGCAAGAGAUUUCAGACCCCAAGUACCUUGAAGACGCACCAACUUACUCACACAGGAAAGAAGCCUUUCCACUGCUCCCACUGUGGGAAGACUUUUGAUUCAUCAUUGCAUUUGAAGAGACACCAUAAAAUACACACAGGGGAGAAGCCUUUCCAUUGCGCCCAAUGUGGGAAGAGUUUCAGUGAUGAAGGAAAUCAUAAUAAACAUCAGAGAAUACACACAGGAGAGAAGACUUAUCAAUGUUCUGAAUGCGGGAAGAGUUUCAAUCAGUUAUCACAUUUAAAGGCACACCAACAAACUCACACAGGAGACAAUCUUUUUCACUGCUCUCCGUGUGGGAAGGGUUUCAGUCUGUCAUCUAAUCUGAAGAGGCACCAGCUAAUGGACAAAGAUAAGCCUUACCACUGCUCUCAUUGUAGGAAGAGUUUUAGGUUGGAAGGAUGCCUUCAGAGUCAUCAGAGAAUACACAGUGGAGAGAAGCCCCACCACUGCUCCCAAUGUGGGAAGAGCUUCAAUCAAGCAGGAAACCUAAAGACACAUCAGAGAAUACACAGUGGAGAGAAGCCCUACCACUGCUCCCAAUGUGGAAAGACCUUUAGUCGGGCAGGACGGCUAAAUGAACACCUGAAAUAUCACACCGGAGAGAAGCCAUACCACUGUGAUCAGUAUGGGAAGAGUUUCCAUCAGAUGGCAGAGAAAAGCAGAGCACCAGUGUGGGACCAUUACAUUGAAUUGGCACCAGGGAAAGCAAGGUGUCUUAUUUGUGAUAAAGAUAUAAGCAUGGGGUCAGCAAUGGCUAAAUUCAAAAAUACCACUAACCUGUGGAAUCACCUUAAGAACAUCCACCCAAACGCCCAUAAGGAAGCAAUGAUGAAAAAAGCAAACGCAAAUUCUUCACAAGGAAAAAGUGAUACAGACACGUCACAGACAUCGCAGGCUACACUCUUGCAACUGUUUAAUAAACACCCAAAAUGGCAGGACAAAGACCCAAAAUGGCAGGACAAAGACCCAGAAUGGCAGGACAAAGACCCAGAAUGGCAGGACAAAGACCCAAAAUGGCAGGACAAAGACCCAAAAUGGCAGGACAAAGACCCAAAAUGGCAGGACAAAGACCCAAAAUGGCAGGACAAAGACCCAAAAUGGCAGGACAAAGACCCAAAAUGGCAGGACAAAGACCCAAAAUGGCAGGACAAAGACCCAAAAUGGCAGGACAAAGACCCAAAAUGGCAGGACAAAGACCCAAAAUGGCAGGACAAAGACCCAAAAUGGCAGGACAAAGACCCAAAAUGGCAGGACAAAGACCCAGAAUGGCAGGACAAAGACCCAAAAUGGCAGGACAAAGACCCAAAAUGGCAGGACAAAGACCCAAGGGCCAAGAAGAUGGAUGAAGCAAUUAUUGAGAUGAUUGCCACUGACAACCAGCCAUUCACAGUGGUGUCUGACGUUGGUUUUCAGCGGCUGAUUACUCUUGCUGAACCCCUGUACAGGAUCAAAGAUGAAACAUUCUUUCGCACAGAAAUGCUAGAUAAAACACAUGAAAGAGUUGUGAUGAAAGUGAAGAAUCUGGUGGCACCAGGGAACGCUCCACACAUGGCAUUCACAACUGACUGCUGGUCAGGCACUACAGAGUCCCUGAUGAGCCUUACUGGACAUUUCAUUGACGAUGUCUGGACAAGAAAGCUGGUUGUGCUGAAUGUCAAGACUAUGACUGGAUCACACGCAGGAAACUACAUCAGAGAGAUGUUUUUGACCACGUUGGAACACUGGGACAUCCACACAGAACGUGUAGUGCUGGUCCUCAGAGACAGUGGGGCAAACAUGAUGAAAGGUGUGAGACUGGCAGAGCUUCCAGACUUCAGCUGCAGUGCACACACCCUACAGCUUGUAAUCAACGACGGCCUAUCCAGUCAGAGAGCUGUGCUAAACAUUAUUGCCAUGCUGGAGAGCUGUUCAACUCACUUUGACCACUCUGUACUGGCCAAACAGAGGCUGAGGGCCAUUCAGGAAGAGCUUGGCCUUCCCAAACACAGCCUCAUCCAAACAGUUCAAACUCGCUGGAACUCAACACUACAUAUGUUGCAGAGGAUGUUUGAACAGAGGCGUGCACUGAAUGCGUAUGCAGGUGAAUACGGACACAUCAGCAGUUUGUUUGCUACACAGUGGGAUAUUGUCUCUAACCUAAUUGAGACUCUGGCACCUAUGGAGGAGGUGACCGUGGAGAUGAGCCACUCCAACUCUACAGCAGCAUGCAUCAUCCCCAGUGUGUCGGUGCUGAAACUGAUGCUGCAGCAGGAGGGUUCUUCUACUCAAGGCAUCAACACUUUACGGAAGACCAUGUUGGACAGUCUGACACGGCGGUUCUCCAAGGCCGAGGAGACAAAGUGCCUGGUCCUGGCGACUGUCCUGGAUCCACGUUACAAGAGCUAUGCCUUCGCCUCAGGGACAGCACUAGAGAAAGCAAAAGAGUGGCUGAAGGAGGAGUCUGACCUACUAAGGAAACCAAAUCCCAGAGCCACAGCAGAAAGGACGAGUGAAGAGGAGGACACAGAUCAAGGUGCAAAAAGGCAAAGAGUCCAGAUAGAUCAGCCACCCAGUCUGGUGGACAGCCUCUACGCUAGAAUCCUUGGAAGCCAACAGGGCAGGGCUGGAGUCCAGUGCAGUUUUGACAUUGAGCUGGAGCGUUACCUCACAGAGCCUGUCAUUGACAGAAAGAGCGGCUUGCCUUUGGAGUGGUGGAAGCAGAACGAGGACCGAUUUCAAUCACUCGCUCCACUGGCGAAGAAGUUUCUCUGUCCUCCAUCUUCUUCGGUUCCAAGCGAGAAAGUGUUCAGUGAGGUGGGGAACAUUUAUGAUAAGUGGAGGAGCAGACUGACAGGGGACCAGGCAGACAAGCUCUGCUUUCUACACCACAACCUAAAACUUCUUAACUGGGAUUAUUGAAGACCCAUGAAAGCUUGUGGUACCUUUUUAACACGUUUUCAUGUUAUUUGAGACUAGAUUGAUUUGAUGUAUUCAGUUAAAAUUAAAGUGUUCAUUGUUCAUUCAG